AUGUGGUCCAGCGGGAAGCGGUCCGGCUCCGGGUUGGACACCACCUCGUCCAGCGUGAGGAGAGAGCCGACCUCCGACACCUCUCCGUCCUCGCAGUCACCCCACUCCGCGGGCACAGGUCUUCCCGGAGAUACUUAUGGUGGUUAUCCUGGAAGCCCCGGACCCAAGGGACAGCCUGGAGAAGUCGCAUUUCCAGGUGGUCGAGGCCUGGACGGUGCUCGUGGAGAUGAUGGAUUUCCAGGAAGUCCAGGAUUUCCCGGACCGAAGGGACAGUCUGGUGAACCUGGACGCCCAGGAAUAACAGGCUCCCCUGGUUUCCCUGGACCCAAGGGUCUGCAGGGAUACCCAGGACCAAGAGGCACAGACGGGCCACCGGGAGGUCCGGGUGGGCCUGGUGGACCCGGAUCUAAUGGUUUGCCUGGUUCUCCUGGUUUGGAUGGACUCAAUGGACUCCCAGGACCUAAAGGACAGUCAGGAACACCAGGUACCAGCUUAGGCGGUCGUCCCGGAGCCCCGGGUAUCCCAGGACAGAAGGGAGAGAGAGGAGUGUCGUACCCAGGUGGUCCAGGGUACAAUGGAGCUAAAGGAGAGAGAGGAGCUCCAGGUGGUCCAGGACUGCCAGGUUUCCCCGGUCGCCCUGGUCCCCCUGGUCCCACUUCUGUGUCCAGUGCUGUGGGUCCUAUCGGAGAUCCUGGUCUGCCUGGUUUGGACGGAGAAUAUGGUUUCCAGGGCCCUCCUGGCCCCCCUGGUCCCCCUGGCCCGGGCACCGCUCAGGGAGACAGAGGUGACCCCGGUCUCCCUGGAUUCCCUGGAACUCCGGGUCAAAAAGGAGAGCCUGGUUUUCCUGGAGGUCCUGGCGCCAACGGUAGCCCUGGAUUUAAAGGAGAAAGAGGCGAGUCUGGAUACAGUGGAGGUCCAGGUCUCAAAGGAUUUUCUGGUGAUUCUGGAUUCUACGGAGGAAAAGGACCAAAAGGCUUCAGAGGUCCCCCUGGUCGUAAGGGUCCCCCUGGUCUCACCCUGCCUGGGCCCCCUCCUCCUCGGCCCCUCUAUGGAGACAUGGGUGUAGCCGGACAGUCAGGAAGCCCCGGCAGCCCUGGAGAGCCUGGACAGCCUGGCAUGCCCGGACGAUCAGGUCCAAAAGGGCGUCCUGGUUCAAUGGGCCGACUGGGCAGACCUGGAUCUGCUGGUUCCUCUGGCUUUGUCGGUGAUGCUGGACCCCCUGGAUUCCCUGGACCCACUGGAGAACAAGGUUUCCCCGGUGCAGCUGGCCGGCCCGGACCCCCCGGCUCCGUGGGCCGCAGCUACAGUAUUGGAUACACAAUGGUGAAGCACAGCCAGAACUCCCAGGUGCCCAUGUGUCCACAGGGAAUGGCCCAGCUGUGGGACGGCUACAGCCUGCUCUACGUGGAGGGGCAGGAGAAGGCACACAACCAGGAUCUAGGUCAGCCCGGCUCGUGCCUGCCACGCUUCAGCACCAUCCCGUUCCUCUAUUGUUCCCCCAGCGAGGUGUGUUACUACGCCAGCCGUAACGACAAGUCCUACUGGCUCUCCACCACCGCCCCCAUCCCCAUGAUGCCUGUGUCCGAGGACCAGAUCCGACCCUACAUCAGCAGGUGUGCUGUGUGCGAGGCUCCGUCCCAGGCUGUUGCAGUCCACAGUCAAGACACCACCAUCCCCAACUGCCCCCCAGGCUGGAGGAGCCUCUGGAUUGGAUACUCCUUUCUCAUGCACACAGCGGCGGGGGCUGAAGGCGGCGGUCAGUCCCUGGUCUCUCCCGGCUCGUGUCUGGAGGACUUCAGGGCCACGCCUUUCAUCGAGUGCAACGGGGCCAAAGGAACCUGCCACUACUUUUCCAACAAGUACAGUUUCUGGCUCACCACGGUCGACCCGCGGGAAGAGUUUGCAUUCUCCCCAAACCAAGAAACUCUGAAGGGCGGACAGGAGCGCUCCAAAGUCAGCCGCUGUCAAGAGACCCACAGGCUGCGCUGCGCUUCACUGCAGCUUCUUUCCACCAACGAAGCAGCCUCUCACAAACAAAACAGAAACAGCGGAUUUUUAUUUUCUUCUAAACCUGGGACCACUCAACAGUUACGCUGGACUUUUCUGACACGCGCUCAGACAUACGGAGACCUGCCCUUCGCUAAGAGGCUGCUGGAGACCGGCUGCGACCCAAACAUCCGGGACAACCGCGGCCGAACGGGGCUGCACCUCGCAGCCGCUCGGGGGAACGUGGAGAUCUGCCGCCUGCUGCAUAAGUUCGGGGCGGAUCUCCUGGCCACUGAUUACCAAGGCAACACAGCGCUGCAUCUGUGCGGACACGUGGACACCAUUCAGUUCCUGGUUUCCAACGGGCUGAAGAUUGACAUCUGUAACCACAACGGCUCGACUCCCCUGGUUUUGGCAAAGCGGCGCGGAGUGAACAAAGACGCCAUCCGUCUGCUGGAGGGUCUGGAGGAACAGGAAGUGAAGGGAUUCAACCGCGGAACUCACUCCAAACUGGAAACUAUGCAGAUGGCCGACAGUGAGAGUGCUAUGGAGAGCCACUCGCUGCUGAACCCAAACCUGCAGAGCACAGAGGGCGUGCUGUCCAGCUUCCGCACCACGUGGCAGGAGUUUGUGGAGGACCUGGGCUUCUGGAGGGUGCUUCUGCUGCUGGUGGUCAUCGCACUGCUGUCUCUGGGCAUCGCCUACUACGUCAGCGGCGUCCUGCCCUUCUCCUCCAGCCAGCUCGAGCUCGUGCACUAG